AUGAGCACCGGCAGCGGGCAUCACCAGUACUAUGGAAAGCCGGAUCAGUCCCUUCGAGGCAUCACACGCCGUUUGGUUAGGAGCCCGCUCUUCAUCAAAUACGCCUGGGCUGGCAUCUUUAUUGUUGGGUUUGGACUGCACACGGCUGCUCGGCUGAGCUUGGACAAGGAGAAGGCUGCUUACUUCAAGGAACAACGAGAGGAACAGCGAAGGCUACAGCGCGUGCUCGAUGACGGUGGCAUGAGUGACAACGCGGUGGACAAGCGGAGUGGCCCGGCGCGCCCCGCAAGUCCCGUGUUUGAGCGCCAAAGCCGCAAGAAGCAAGUGCGCAGUGCCAAGCAGGCGCGCAAGCACGCCCGCCGACACGCACGCCCGCGCGCCAAGAGCACCGCAUCAACAAAAGCACCACAACCACCAGCAGCAGCGGCGCCAGCAGACGCGCCGGCAGCCGUAUCAACGAUGGCACCCAUCUCAACACCCAUCUCAGCAGCCACCUCAGAGGAACAGCACGAGCAGCACGAGCAGGCGCGCGCGACGACACAACAACGGGCGGUUGCUGCUGGCACAAACGGCGUGCAGAAGCCAUACGCGCACCGAGUGGCCUCCACGCCACCCCGACGCAGGUCGUCUCUGCACCGAAAGGAGGAGGACGUGGUGGCGUCCAUUGGUGACGGGUUCAAGCAGGCCAAGCGCACGACAACAGCGCCGCUGGUCUCGGGCCGUGGCAGACAGCGACGGCACCACUCGCGCGGGAGGCAAGGAGGACAGGCCUCGCACAUGAGAAUGCUGUCCAUCACAGGAGGCAAGGACGCGCCGUCAGUCGCCACCACCUUCUCGUCGCCUUCAUCGCGCCCCGACACUUCCCCAGCGCUCGGGCGUGCACGCUUGUCCAAGUCUUCCUCGUCUUCUGGACCGCGGGAUGACGUUGCUGCUUUUGUUGAAGGCACCGGCACCAACGGAAGUGGGCAAAAGGUAGCAAGUGCCGUGCGAAAGGACCGGCAACAAGCACAACAUGGAGCGGAUACAGAGGGACAAGAGAGCAAAGGAAAGGCGGUGCUGGUAGUUGAUGGCAUCAACCCCGGCCGCGCUGAUGGCGCCCGCCCGCAUGACGAUGGGGAUGGAGAUGCCGAUGAUGACGAUGAAGAUGACGAUGACGAUGAAGAACUGCCAUGCGUAUUCAUGGGCUCCCCUCAACAGCAGCAGCAGGAGAGCUUACGCGGCGCAACGCAGUCACCGCCAGGACCCGGGGAUGGCCACCAGAGCACGUGCGCCGCUGCAGCGACAACAACAAAAGCCGCUGACACACAAGAGGAAGACGACACGGAGACGCAAGGCCCCUCCUUGCAAGAACGCGAAGAUGGACGCUCCAUCAACGGCAUCGGCGGCCAAGAUGGUGAACACGGCGUUGCAAACGCUGGCAGCACGAGAGGCGACGGCAAGAACAGCGGGAGCAACGGCACCAGCGGUUGUUGUGGAGUUGAGGACACGCACAGCGGCAACGUGACAGUGCAAGAUGGAGUUAUCGUGGAAGAGGGAGGGGAAGACGCGGGUGAAACAGCGGUGGAGAUGAACGGGAGAGUGAGGAGACGAAGACGCACACGUCGCGUGAAGCGAUCGGUGUCAGCCGGCAGCACACCUGCACGAUUGAAUCCGGUUGAACGAGACAACGAUGGAGGCCUAUCCUCGUCGCUGGGAGCGGAAGUGAAACAGAGGAAAGCCCGCGUGGUUAACGAGGCAGAGAAGGAGAACACAGCACAGGUGGAUAUGCUGGAAGCAGACGACGACGUGCUUGUUGCUGCGUGGAACGCUGAGACCCUUGCUGUCUGGCGUGUGGAUGUUCGUCACUCGUCUCGCCGACACGCUGAUGGCAUGGACGCGAUCGCUCUUGUCUUCCACCGCCAAUUCACUCAAGUGGAGCGGGUGUGCCAGGUGUUGCUCGUCUCCCAUCAAACACUGUUCCUCCAACAUGCUCAGGACGCCCCGAGGGCCGUUGAACUUUCCACUGGCAGUGACCGCGAAGUUGCGCUGCCAAACAUGACGCUCCGACAGAGCCAGAGCUUUGAUGAGGAUUCGCAGGCCAUUCUUCAUCAGCGGGUGCACUAUGGCCGUGUGUGCACUGUGCACAACGACGUCAUGACUGGCCGGCUUGGUGGCGUUCUGUUCACGUGGAGCGAUGGUCAGGGUGCAGCUGUCGCCUCCGUUUCUCUGCAGGAUCGCCGGUCCCUUGACCCGUGCAGCGCCCUCCACGUGGCGCGUGCGGGCGUUGGGCUGCGGAAUGGCGACCUUAUCCUCGCCGUGUGUGACGACAGCGUCUUUGUUUGGCGCGCCAGUGACGGGAGCGGGCUGGGCCGUCUGGACACACACAUGAGUCAGCUCCUGUUACCCGUUGAUAUGCUUGCUGUGCGCACUCCACCGCGCCUCAUUCACGCGCGUGUGUCCAUCGCAUGCGCAGAGGCGCAGCAAGAACUCGCACUACAGGCAGACAGCGAGAAUGAUGGUGCUGAUGGCGAUGGUGACGGCGAGUUGGCGAGCAAGCGAGCCCGGAGACAGGAGCAGCUGCCAUGUCUCGAAUUGCGACUCAUGUGGGCAUUUGGUGUCGGUGUCGAGGAAGGCACGGCCUUCAUCAAGCACAGCACUCGCACGGCGCCAGUGCACCACCAGCAGCCGCACCGACAACAGCAGGGGAGGCUGGUGCAGCCCAUUGUGAGCACAUCGUUUGCGUACGAGAGGGAGAAUCGUCGAUGGACACGUGUGCGGGCGUGUCCCACAACCGCAAUCACAUUCAGUGGCAGCGGUGACGACUCACGGCAAGACAACGCAGCCGACAUGGUGGCAUCAUUUGUUCAUCAGGAUGACAUUGUUGCAUUUUUCAAGGAUGGAAGGGUUGUUAUGACGUGUAUUGAAAACGAACAGGAUGUGUAUGAAGGGCAGAUUCAAGGCACGACAGGUAAUGUGUAA